AUGUCCAAUUUAUCUGUUUUCUGUUGUUUGAAAGGAUGUUUGAACAAUUUCAGGUUUUCGCCAACAGUUUCGCACAUCCCUAGGGAAAAUCCAAUCCAGUUGGACACCUCAUUUAUGGGAUAUGAAGUUGUGAUAGUUAAAGGGGGUCAAAGAAUCUGCGGCUCUGGAGCAGCAUUAGGAAACGCGCCGUUGCAACAAUCAAAAUCGUACUUUGAGGUUAAAAUUCAGCAAAGUGGGUCCUGGGCCAUAGGUCUGGCUACAAGACAAACUGAUUUGAGUUUUGCACAAGGUGGAAUGGAUGAGUUUUCUUGGGUCCUUUCUCAUGAUCAUAUCAUUCGUCACAAUAAACAAGAGCUCUACAAAAUAAAUACAUCAGACAACCCUAGUACUGGGGAAAUACACAGUAUCCAAGAAGGUGAUAUAAUUGGUGUUGCUUAUGAUCAUAUUCAACUCAAGUUUUUUGUAAAUGGAACUGAGAUUGAUCAUCCUGUCAGUAAUGUUAAAGGGACAGUAUACCCUGCCUUGUAUGUUGAUGAUGGGGCCAUUUUGGACAUAAUUUUAGAUAAUUUCAACCACCAGUCACCUUCAGGUUUUGAAAAAAUUAUGCUGGAACAAUCUCUGCUUUAA